AUGGAAUGGAAAGUCUCACACCUAGAGUUUACGGGCUACAAGACAAUUCAUCCCAUUCAACUCAUUUGGCAUGAUGGUUUAGAGGUCAUUAAACAACUUUUCAGUGACCCAGUUUUUGCCAACCAUAUUACCUUCCAGCCACAUAGAGUCAAUGUCAGGAAUCAGUAUUUGGCAUGGAAAAUUCAGGACCACCUCCCAUUAGGUGCUAUGCAAAUCCCAAUCAUCUUAGGGUCCAACAAAACUCCUGUGAUGAGAACCACUGGAGGGCUUGAGAUGCACCCUGUCUUCAUCACUAUCAGCAAUCUUGAUUUGGAGGUUCAAUCCAAGGCCACACUUUGA